GUGACUUUUGGUGAAAAAUGUCAACAUUCGCUUUAUUGUGUCAGGUUACGUUAUGUCGAUUGUAAAAUUAUAGAAAGUGGAUCAUGAUGUUACCGAGGGAGAAAAUCGCCACCGUGGUGAUUUUAGACCUGGAAUGCACGGGACUUAUAAACCCCGGGUCCAGGCCGAGGGUGACGGAGUUGUGUCUGCUGUCUGUCCAGCGGGAGGAGCUCCUGACCCCUGUAGGCUUACCCCGGGUCUGUAACAAGCUGGUCAUGUGUAUCAACCCCAAAAAGAUGAUCGACCCAGCAGCCAGCAUUAUUACUGGUUUAUAUAAUGAUGCAUUGGAGGCCCAAUCUCCCUUUGAUGAUGACACCAUCACUUCUAUUUCACAUUUUGUUUCAAGACUUCCUCAGCCUAUAUGCCUGCUGGCUCAUAACGGAAACGGAUACGACUUCAAAAUUCUGAAUGCUGAGCUCAAAAGAAUCGCUCGUAGUCUACCAGGUGAGAUUUACUGUGCUGAUUCACUGGAAGCACUUCGUGCUCUGGAUACAGAGGCGGCGGACAUGUUGUCAGAUCCAGCACAAAAUACCAAUAAUGGAGCUUCAUCUGCCACACCCGUAGGACAGAACAUUCCCGAGGUGCCGGAGCAGGUCAUAGAUGUCAAAGGUCGAGUGAGACAGAAAAAACGCAAAUGUGAUGCAGACUUUGACAGAGUUCCCAUUGAGGCCAAAUCUGUACGAAAAAGAUUAUUUGACUCUGCAGGAAAAAAAGAUGAUGAAAAAAGUGAAGAUUCAGUCAACCUGAGAGGACAUAAGCCAAUAGGAUCAAGCUUGAAAAUGUCAGCUGAGGUUGUAAGUAAAAGAAAUACAUGUGACAUUGAGUCAGUGAAGAAGAGGCUGAGUUUUGAUGAUGAUGACGAUGAUGAGGAAGAUAAAGAAGAUAAAGAUGUAGAAAUGUCCGACAAAGAAGAAAAUCACAAUCCGUCAGUAGUAAAUAGAAAUGUUGACAGUCAGCACACCAUUCCUGCUUCUCAGGGGAGUCUGCCCGACGAUGAUUUUCUACAGGCUGUGGAGAACAUAGAACACUCACAAUUAGAAUCUCACACCAAUAUAAACAGCGAGACUCCUGUAUGUCCAUUAAAACCCUCAUACUGUGUAACUCCUAAGGAACAGACUAUCAGUGUGUUAGCUAAUUGUGAGGGGCUGUGUACCCCUGAGACUCCGUCCACCAGCGGCCAAGCCUUCCCUACCAUGUCCACCCCACAGAAAGGCCCGUGCCUUACCCCCAAGAAAGAACAUUGUAUCACCCCACAAAAAGAGCAGUGCCUGACCCCUAUGACAGGUCUUGUGCGCUCGACAGCAGCAUUUCAAUUAAAUACUCCAGUCAGGGGAAGAAAUGAAGCAUCUAAUGGAGACCCAGGAAAAAGAUCCAUCCCUAAUGGAAUGGCCUGUCGUUCACUCUUUAGAUCCACCACUGAAAAUGGAGCAUCAGGAUUCAAACCAGGUUUUUCUCCUGCGUCGCAAUUUCCUCCGAGGGUAUCAUACAAACUUGGUGACAUUUACAGACGAAUCUUUGGACAAGAUCCGGUCAAUCUCCACAGUGCGGAGACAGACUGUGUCACUCUGAUGAAAAUUAUCAAACAGCGAUCUCCAGCAUUUAUACAGUGGGUGGAUGAGCACGCUGUUUUGUUAACCUCUAUACAACAAGCUUAUUAAGUAUUAAGAGUGUUUAAAGUUUGUGUAUUUCUGAAAUACUUGUUUGUUAUAAUUGUGUAUAAGGAACAAAUGAAGUAGAUUGGAUAUUUCAAGACUUUUGAAUUAAGUAUCGUUAACCUUU